AUGGAAGGAUUUAAAUUUAAUAUAAAACUGCCAUUAAUUGAAAAGGCAUCUACAAAUGUAAAGGAUAUCAUCUCUCACAUCAAAUUAAAUGAUGGAUUAUAUUUUGAAAAAGGGAAGAUUGAUCAUGAAGAAGUAGUUUGUAAUUUGAAAAAUAAUAAUGUUUAUAAAAAGAUUGAAGCAAUGAAACAUAUAUUAAUAGCUCAUAUUUUAAAAAAAAAUGUUUCUUCUUUUUUUUUUAAUGUUCUAACAAAUAUAUCAGUAGAUAAUUUAAUAUUAAAAAAAUUAAUUUAUAAUUAUUUAAUUUUAUAUGCUCAUGGAAACACAGAUUUGACACUACUUUCAGCAAAUUCAUUUAAAAAAGAUUUAAACAAUAAUAAUUAUCAGAUUAGAUCAUGGGCAUUAAGAGCAAUGGCAUCAAUUAAAUCAAUAGAUAUAAUUAAUAUAUUGAUAGGUUCUUUAAAACGACUUUCAAAUGAUAACUCACCUUAUGUUCGCAAGACAUGUGCUGAUGUUAUACCUUCUAUAUAUUUUGUUGAUAAAGAUCAGUUUAUUUUUUUAAGAAAACUUUUAAUCAAACUUAUUUCAGAUAGAGAGUUAACUGUCGUCUCUUCAGCUAUUAUAUCUUUUAGUACUAUUUGUAUUUACAAUCAAAUAGAGCGUCCCUAUCAUCACGAUGAAUUACAUAAUCCCGAACUUCACUCCACCACGAUUACACUUUCCAAAGACCAACACUACCAGGACUCCACAGAAUUUACAAACUUUGAUACUAAUCGGGCUAGAGAAAAUGUCUCAACCCAGGUAAAUCAAAUUACCAACGACCCAACAGUUAGCACUCACGAGCAAAAUGAAUUAAAAAGUGAAAACAUGCAUAAUAGCGAUUCCCAUUUUAUGGACAUGGGUGAUGCGGACCAUAUAUUUAGUUCACUAUCAUUUUUACACACACACUAUUAUAAGUUGUGUAAAUAUUUGCUAUACAUGCAUCCGUAUAAUCAAACGUACUUGAUAGACUUGCUAUUACGAUAUUGUAGAAUGUUUUAUAAAAACCCUUUAAAAAAUGAAAAAAUAAAUUUGAAAAAAAAAGAAAAAAUAUAUGACAAUAACAUAAGCAAUGAUGAUUAUGACACAUAUGAUGAGUAUAAAAAUUAUACAAUUGAUAUUGAAAUAUUUAUUAAUAAAUUGGUAGUAUUAUUAUCAUCAAGUAGUUAUUGUGUUGUUUUGGCAUCUAUAUCUGCUUUAUAUAAUUUAACUGAACUUACAUAUAAAGAGGAAAUAAUUCAAGCCAUAUUAUUUUGCUUAUUAAAAAGUAACGUAGAAAAAAAUGAUGAAACAUAUGAAGUAUUUCUAAAAAGUGUAAAACCUAUUAUAAAAUUAUUAAAAAAUGAUUUUAAUCCAUAUAUAUCUUACUUCUUUAUUAGCAGUCAUGAUAGUACAAUAAAAAAAUUAAUAAAAAUAGAUAUAUUAUAUAUGCUAAGUAAAAAAGAUAAUAAACUGAUUAUACUAAAUGAAUUUAUACAUGCAUUAUACAUACCUAACAACAAGGAAAUUAUUAUUAAAAAGCUGUUUAAAUAUAUUACUGAAAUUGCAUUACAAAGUUCAGAAUGUUUAUCUAAAGUUAUUGAUCAAAUUAUGAUUAUGUUAAAUUCAAAUAUAAAAAUAUAUUCAUAUGAAUCUAUAUUAUCAUUAAGAAAAUUAUUACAACAAAAUGAUAGUAAAAAAAUUAAAAAAAUUAUAUUUUUUUUAACGAAGAUAUUAUUACAAGUUCAAUCAAAUGAAGUUAAAAUCUCAAUCUUAUGGAUUUUAGCAAAUUACCAAAAAUAUAUUGACUAUCUUCUUCUUUUUGAUCUAUCUAGAAUAUUAGUAAAAUCAUUUGAAAAUUCAGAUUACUCCUUUAAAAUACACAUCAUUCAUUUCCUUUUUAAAAUAUGGAUCUACCAAUAUGGUUCCAUAAUUAAAAGUACCUCCUGUGAAAAUAAUAAAAACACAAACUCACCCACUUCCAAUAAAUCUGAUAACAACUUUAACGAGCAGAAAACAAAUCAUGAUAAAAAGAAUCAUGAUGAUAAUGAUAAUAUAGAGAAAAACUUUUUAUUGUUUGAAAAAUUAUGUAAAAAUUGUUUUUUUAUAGCAUCAAGAGAUAAAAAUUUUGAUGUUCAAGAUACCAGUAAAUUUUACUACCACAUUAUGCUUAUAAUAAAUAAAUUAAAAUUACAAAAAAUGUUAGAUCACCAACUUUUACAAUCCAAUAUUUUUAAUCAAACAAUCUCAGACUUCACAUUAUCUUUAUCUUAUUUAAAAUUUUUUUAUCUAUACUCUGGAAGAUCAAUAAUUCCACAUUCCUUAAAACUAGGAUUAAAUAAUUUAAAUGAAAAUAAAUCAGGUCCACCAUAUUCUCAAUAUGAACAAGGUAGUCAUGAUAAUAGUGAAGAUAAAAAAAUAAAUAUAUUACAACUAAAUACUAUAUCAAACUUAUUAGAUACUAAAAUACCAUCUUAUAUUAAUUUACCUGACUUUGCACAAACGGAUUUACCAAACACCGAGCAUGCUAAUAAUAUUGACAAGGAAAAAAAACAACCUAUCAGUUUUUCAUCAGAUGAUUUAAAAUAUAAUAAAAAAAUUGCUAAUAAUAUUAAUCCUCACAUCUUUGUAAAUAUUGAUGAUUUUUAUAAAGAAGAAAAAGUUAACUCUUAUCAAAAUAAAUUUUCAAAUUUUUCGGAUACUUCCUUUUUAAUUAAUAAGGGAGCAAAGAUUCAGGGUGAAGAUGAUGAAUCAGAUGAUAAUCAACAGUCUCAAAAAAUAAAUGACCUUGAAAAAUCUGAAGAUGCGAAGACUGGAAUUUAUGAGGAGGUUGAAGAUAUUGAAAAGUUUUUUUUUAAUAAUAAUGAAUAG